UGAAUGAUCUAGAGCUGACGAUCACUGCCAACCGGUUCAUAGAGGAUGUGAACAAGCUAUGGAGCGGGGUGUCGAGUCGGCAUGGGGUGCUGCAACAGUUUGUGGCAUUGGUAAAGGAGCAGAGGAGCACCAUAUCCACCCUCAACUCGGAGGUGGAGACUGUCUGCGGUCGACCAAGGACAAGCAGGAUAAUGUCGAGAAACUCAAAAUGGAGAUAGAAAAAGCUUGGCGAACGGCCGACGCCACCCAUGUGGAAGCUCUGGAGAAUAUUGAGAAUCUCAGGCAACAGCUGUCCAGACUACAGAAUGAGAGAGGAGUCAAAUCAAAAUUAGACUUUGAUCAGAAUGGAGACAGGUAUAGUAAGUACAGUAGGUAUAUUGAAGACGUGAAAUGUGAGCUAAAUGAAUAA